CACUGAUGUGUGCAUGUGUGUACCUGUACCUGUGUGUGUGUGUGUGUGGUGUGGUAAAGUCUGUUUUUUUUUAAAAAAAAAACCAAAACUCUGUUGCUUAUCAUUAUUUUUAUGAUUAUGUGAUUAUGAUUAUUGUGGUAUCAACAACAUGUGAAUAACUUUUUCUGGACAGAAGAAAAAAAUAUCAACUUUAUUUAUCGUUACAUCUUGGAUCUAUAAUAUAGAAUUGUCAUCUGUUUUCGUUUCUUGUUUGGGGGAGGGGAAGUUUAUUUUCGAAAAUUUCUUACAUAGUAACUAAUUAUUAAUGGAAUAAUUGAAUACACAAAAAAAUAUUAGUUGCUAUGCGCACUAUAUUCAAUCCAUAAUUAUAGAACAAGAAGAAGCAGAUCAUUGAAGUUUCCUAUUUCAAUUGUGAAUCUUGUUACCAAGUAGAUCUAUGUACUAUAUAUUCAAUCUUUAAUCAUAGAACAAGAAGAAGUGGAUCACUGAAAUUCCCUAUUUCAAAGAAGAAAGUUUAUUGUCGAAAUUUUCUUACAUAGUAACUAAUUAUUAUUGGAAUAACUAAAUACACAAAAAAAUAUUAGUUGCUAUACGCUCUUCUUAGUCAUAGAAGAAGAAGAAGCAAAUCAUUAAAGUUCCCUAUAUCAAUUUCGAAUCUUGUUUCCAAGUAGAUCUAUAUACUCUAUAUUCAAUCCAUAUUCAUAGAACAAGAAGAAACAGAUCAUUGAAAUUCCCUAUUUCAAUUAUGAAUCUUGUUACCAAGUAGAUCUAUCCAUAUCAAUCCAUUCAUGAUGGAAAUAAUUCUAACAAUCUUUCUAUUCAUCAUCUAUUAUCAAAUGACUAUGGUAUAUAAUAAACCAUUAGAUAUUGAAUUAGAUACCCCUUUAACUAUUAGUUUUAAUCCCCCAAUUCAACAAAUUCAAUUAAAUCAACCAUUAAUUAUUAAAUGUGAAGUACAUUCAGCAUAUAACAACCAAAAUAUCCUUAAUAGUUAUAGUAUGUUUUUUCAAUGUCCAUUAUCACCAUGGGGUAAAUUUUGUUUUCAUAAUUGUCAAUCAGCAUGUAUUAGUGAAAAACCAAAUCAAUGUCCUAAUGAAUAUGAAUUAAGUCUUAUUAAAUGUCGUACAUCUAUUACUAAUCAUGGUUAUUUAUUUUAUGAAUAUACAAUACCUAAUUUAACUAAAACAUGGUUAACCUAUAAGGGUAAUGGUAAUAAUGAUACUGUUACCAUGGAUACUAAUCAAGUAGAUGGUUUCUCAUGUAAAAUAGCUGGUUUACAAACACCAUUAAUUCCUUUAAGAAUAAUGAAUACGAAUGAAAUACCACCAAUAAAAAUAUUAGAAUCAAUAAAGACAAAAGAAUCAUUCUUGUCACCGGGUACUCAAUCGAUUAUAUCUAUGGGAACUAAUUUUAAUAAAACGAUAUCGAAUGAAUAUCAUGAAUUAAGCCAAAUAAAAAAUGGAAUGAAUCAAUCUAUAAAAGGAAUUAAUUAUGAACUUAAAGCUGCUUUAACACGUGAAAUAUUAAUUAUUGGUGCAAUUAUCAUAGUGUUCAUUUCAAUUAUACUGAAUGUGUUCUGUUGUAUUCGAUGUGCAUUAAUUCGUCAAUAUUCCAAAUCUAAAGAUCGUCCACAUAUGCAACAUUUAUUUUGUAUGGCUGAAGAAAUACGUAAUGCCCGUAUUGUUAAACAAAUUAAUGGAAAAGGUUAUAGUUACCGUGAUAAGAUAGACCAUGAACACCAACACCAACUCCAACAACACCAACAACAACAUCGUUUAACUAAUUACCUUCAUGAUGGUCAUAAAACUAGUGGAAGAGGUAGUAGUCUAUUUUUAAUGAAUAAAAUUCAACCACAAUCUAAUAAUUAUGAAUCUUAUCAACCAUCUAUUGAUUAUGGAUCAGAAUAUUUAAAUAGUUUAAAUUGUCAUGGACUUAUAUUAAAUGAUAAUCAAUCAUCAAAUGGUUUAUCAAAUGAUAUACCAUUAAGAUAUUUACCAGAUGGUAAAUCAGGUAAUAGACAAUCUAUAUCAGCAUUUUCACUUAUACCUGGUCAAUUACCAAUAUCAUGGAUUAAUCAUACUACUAAUAUAGAUACUCAUCGACGAUCAAUAUCUAGUAUCCAACGUAAUGGUACCACUAAUAAUUCAUUAAUUUCAAAUCAUUCAUCACAACAACAAAUUACUGAAGCUGUUACUAAUUUCUAUUUACAACAUCAACAACAUUUUAAAGAAUUACAAAAUCAUUUAAAUAAUCAGAAUAAUAUCAUAGAAAUGAAUCCUUUGAAUUCAGAUGGUAUUAAUUCAUGUAUUGAUAGUAUUGGUCAACCAGAUUCAAGUAUAUUAUCAGAAAUCAAUAUAAUUCCAUCAAAUUCAAUUAAUUGUGAAUCACCAAUAAUCAAUAAUCAUCAUCAUCAAAAUAAUCAGAAUCAAUCUUUCAUAAAGAAUAUAAUACCUUCUAUAAAUUCAUCAAUCAAUCAAUCAUCAACUUAUAUGAUACCAAUGGAUUCAACUAAUCAUUUAAUACAAAAUUAUUCAUCAUCUAAUAUAAAUCGUACACAACCAAUUGGAUCAUCACAAUCACAAUUAAUUACAUUAAUCAAUAAAUUACAUAAUAGUAAUAAUAGUAAUAUUACUACUAAUAAUAAUAGUAAUGGUAAUAGUUUAGUUCAUAAUGAACAAACUUUUAAUGAUACAUUAAAUUCACAAUCAGAUAGUGGAGCUUGUACUGGUAGUGGAAAAAUUUCAAUCAAUUCAUCAUAGAAUAUAUAAAAUAAACAUUGAUUAAAUGUCAUGACAACAAAGAGAAAGGGAGGGGGUAUUUAGGGAGAGAGAGAGGGGGGGUUGGAGGGAGGGAAAGGAAAACUUCUCGAAUAAUCAAUCAAAAUAAUAUUCAUUUUUUUUAUUUUAAAGUUAUAAUCUUUUACUUUUAAAAUUUAAUUUCCAAGAUAAAUGGAAAUGUUUCUUUAAAAAAAAUACAUAUACUAGUCAUGAUUUUCACAGUUGGAAUACAUAAACAAACAAACAAACAAACGAACAAAUAUGAAAAACCAAACCAAGAUUAGUUACAAUGAAUCUUGUUUUUUUUUCUAUCGUAAUAGAAGAAUUUGUUUCUUGUUUUUAUCUGAAAAUCAAGUUUUAUUCGAAAAAAAAGUAACGUUUUCCUAAAUAAAAAAGAAAUCACUUUCUUCAACCAUUAAAAAUUUUAUGUAUUUAGUUAUACUACUGAUUAAUUAAUAAGUGCCUUGUUUAUUUAUAUUAAAAUUUUCAUGAAUGAACAUGAAUCAUAAAUACUAUAUUGCAUGGUUAUCAUUAGGGAAUAUUAUAUUUCGUUAUUUCGUUUAUGAUUUCUUUUUUUUCAAAAAAAGAAUGCUUGGAUAAGAAUCUUUCUAUAAUAUCAUUUUGAUUUGUGAUAAUCUAUAAAAAGUAAAAUGACGGUGGAUUUAACU